AUGGCCAAUGUCGCUGUGCCGGAGGAAUCUGCUCUGCAGGUCCUCUGGCAGCACGGCUCGGCCGGCUCGCUUGCGAAAAUGGGGCCCAGCUGCUUGGGGCCACAAGGCAGCUUGGUGGUGACGCAAUGGGUCACGUCCACGGGCUCGGUCCGCUUGCUGUUCCCCGAGGAGGAGGACGAUCCAUCGCCAGGCAUUGCAUGGGCAGAUUUGGGCGGAGCAGAAGGCGCCUGUGUGGUGCUGCUAGAAGAGGGCCUGGAUUUCUGGGUGGAGCCUCGUGGCGGACAUGUGGCCGACGAGGAUCAGGAAGAUUCAGAUCAGUUUCGGCCAACGAAGUUGUCCGUGCGGGAGACCUGGGAAAGUGAUAGCCCCCAUGUGGGGAGCCUGCAACGCGGUGAUGUGGUGCAACUGGCAGAGAUCUCCGGUCGCUUUGGGCGUGUGGUCCGCAUCAAAAGCAUCGAAGACAGUGAUGAAGCCGUAGGAGGUUGGUUGGACCUUUACACCGAAGCUGGUUGGUCAUGCCUGCGCAAGCGCUUCCCAGGACAAGUGCACCCUGAGGAAGUGAAGCGUCGAAUCUUGAAGGAUUCCGUGGAAUCGGUCUUGCUCCAACUCUCACAGGAGGUUGAACAGACGGGCAGCAAGAAAGAGGAGGAGAUCUUCGAGGAAGAAGAAGCGGAGUUGCCGGAACUGUUGAGAGAACUUGGAGAACUGGAGGCGAAGAGCCUCUACACCCGGGACUGGCGCGAAGCGAUUGAUCCAAUUUGGGGCCGCAGAUAUUUCAUCAACCGCUGGUCAGGACAAGUGAUCCACAAGCUCACGCGCUACGGGGUGGCGGAGGCUGUGGUGAGGCUUACGGUGUAUUUCAACAACUUGUCGGUGAAUGCUGCUGGACUGCAUCGUGAAGAGUGGCCUGAUAAGAAACUGAAGCAGCUGGAAGAUAGCGCUAUUCCAGGCUUCGCCGCCAUGGCCGAUGUCCCGGACCAGCGCGUGGCAGUGAAGUUUUUGGCUGGUCCAGAGGAUCCCAUUGAGAACUCUGAGCCUCCCACGCCAAACGACUCGGAGGAUUCCAUCACAGGGGAAGCGACGUAUCGACCAGCAAGAAGCGAUUUGAAAGUGGAAGUGAUGCUAAAAGCGCCAGGUGUCAAAGCCGCCUGGGCCUCUGCCGCGCUUCAGCGGCUGAUGGCUGACGCUGAGAUCUUCUCGAACCAUAUCGCGGAAGUGCUUGGCAGCGUCCCACAGAUUUGGCUCUUGCAGCUGAAAGAUGGAGAGCCCUUCACAAUGGUGCGUGCUGAUCUGGAGGAGAUGGACAUCGCCCGGGAAUCGGACCUGGCGGAGCGGGCCAGAUCGAAGGCCUCUGAAAUCGAAGAGCUGGCAGCGUUGGUGGACACUGAAUUCGUGGAGCUGCGGAAGAACUUGAUGUGGUCGAGACCCAAGAGCAUGCAGUAUGCCUUCCACCAGAUUGGCGAGGUGAACGCCCGAGCCAUGUGUGAGGGAUUGGAAAUGGCCUACAACGCGGAUCAUGCACAAAAGGAUCCUUCGCACUUGGAGGAGAUCAGCAUUUGGGGCUGCAGCAUUGGCAACGGCGGCGCCGUGGCCUUGGCCAAUGCCCUCGCCAUCGGCUGCGGGGAGAAGUUGCAGAGCAUCAUCCUGGAUGAGAACGACAUCGGCGCCGCAGGCGCCAAGGCCUUAGGCGUUGGACUUCAGAGUUGUCCCUUCCUUCGAGAACUGAGUCUGCCGAAGAAUCCGCUGGGUAAAGGCUUCACCUCACUGCUGUCAGGCCUAGGGCCCAACUUGAAGGUCUUGGAUGCAGCCGAGGCGAACUUGGAUGAUGAAGCAGCUUUGGCCACCUCAAAGACAAUCACUCGUUGGCCGUUUUUGAGGUCACUCCGCUUGGCUGGAAACGCCAUGACCAUAUUGGGCAUCGACGCCUUGGUGCGCUCCAUGCUGCUGGCCAAAGACCUUCAGCAGUUGGACCUCAGGGGUUCAUCCACCACACCGUUGGCAGUGGAGUGGCACAGGCUCAUGAAACUGCUGCAGAAAGGGAACAUCGACACCCGCAAGCUACGCUUGUGAGAC